GCUAUCAAAUGUGCCUUCCAUUUUUAUGUUAUCGCGUGUUUGAAAACAAUAACAAACUACUCAAGUCAAGAGCACCAAUACUUUCGUGACAAUUGUUCUUUUAUAAGCCCACUCGAGUAGUACUUAAACUGUUUGCUGAUUGGCUACCACCAUGGUCGCGCACAGAAAAUAACCUAAAAGUUAAAAGUUAAUGAACUUUCUGUGCGCCGAUCCUGUGCUAUUUUUCUGUGCGCGUGCUAUUUGCCAAUGUGGCAGCUCAUAUCUAAUAGUGUAUGUUGAACUUCUGUGCUGUUUGCUUGCUAUUGCGAAUGUAGCCCGGGCUUAACUUGUGUAUCUAACCUCAAAGCAAGGAAAUUAAAAAGAGUGGGAACUCAAUGCUAUAACAAACACUCUUAUUUUCUUUGGAGAUCCGGGAAAUGUGCGUUAUUUAUAAGCAACUUAACAUAGUAAAUCGUUAACUUUUCAGAUCUAUGUUGGCAAAAUUGAUUUUUUUUGUGGUCAUUCGCUACUGGGAAUAUUCACCAUAUAACGUUUAAGAUUAUUUAUUUUGAAUUACGAAACAACCAAAAAAUUAUGUAAAAAUGCUUCAUCUUAUGUUAAAAAAAUUAUAAACUGCAUAGCCACAAAGUAUGACAUCAUACCAUUAGUUUCAGUUACUAAUAACAACACGUGCACGUGUUUGAACAGUCAUCGCAGCCAUAGUUGUUUCAUAGCUACCAAAAUCAUUCAACGUUGUCAAGAAUUAUUCCAAAUUAUGUUUUGCCAUUUUACUCAAUGCGCCACUCCGUUAACACAACAUUUUAUAAAUUCUGAACUACGAAUGUCAGUGGGAAUGUACACUAUACUGUACAUUCCAAUCUGAUACGCUUUAAGAAAUUUCUGUAGUUUUCUUAUUAUUAAAACUUAAUUUUUGAUGUUGGCAUCUUUUAACCGCACUUUUUUUUUUUUUUUCGGUGGCCGUACUCCUCCAAUUCAGUUGCGCCCGCCGGUAUCUAAGCGCUCGGAUUUCAACAAAAGGCACCGCCUCUCGAUAGAGUGAAACAGAGAAUUACGCGCACGACCUUGAAAAAAGCGACGCUACAGCGCUCUGGCGUGGAAGCUGGUAACUACGAGUACCCUCUUGUGGAAAGAAGAGCUGUCUAGCGGCGGAGCUAACAACUACCUCAGUUUUGGAUCCGAAAAUUGGAAUAAUAAAUCCUAUCCCCUCGCGACUUCUAUAAGUUAUAUAUAUUCAAUGGUUUCGCCUAUGUUCGGGCACGGUCGCCUGCUCGACCACCUCUGUACGCCCCUGGGAGAAACGAUCUUGAAGACCUAGAAGCUUCCAACACAGACCAGGGAUCCCGUACUGUCACUUACGCCUGUUCUGUUUCGGUUGUUUUGGGAGGUUUCGUUGACUCUCGGUCUGGUUUCUCGCUUCUGACGCGGGCGAUAACGUGAAGGAUGUACGACCCGUUUAAAAAGUCAUUAUCAAAAUUAUCUUUUAUUUUGUUUUUAAGAGUAAGGUACUAAAGUUUAAAAAAAAAUACUUACAUUGAAGUAGCACUAAAAAUUGUAAAAUAAUAGAAUCAACCGACGUGAAAGCUCAAUGCGGCCUGGAGUAGAUUACGGGGCAAUUUGGGGGGAGAAGGGAGGGAGAUAUCCCCUCCCAUAGUACCGCACUGGCUUUAAGCCAUGAAUGUUCACUCCAACUAUUGUCCAAAACUAGGUAGGUCCUAUGUUUUGUCGAGGCACAGAAUGAAACGAUGUAAAUCUGUACAGCAAGUUAAAAACAACUUAAUGUUGGCGGGCUUAAUCCACCCGGAUGUGGCAUCCAGCUAAGAAAACUAGUCACCUAUCAUUGCAUACCAAUCAGUGGAUGAAUAGUGGGUGGGUGGACAGUUUUUCCACGCCUCGAUGUUUGAUCAUAAAGCGCGGUGUCUGAACUGGCGGGAACUAAAAUCGAUCACUUUUAUUCUGUUUUGCGUGAUCGAAUGAAAGAGAUAAGCCAGGAAACCCUUGUUAGCGUUAAAAUUUAAUGAGCUCUUGUCAAAUGUUAAAUUGUUAACGUUACAUCAACUGAUAUUUCCGUGUUUGCUGGCCAUUCUUGAUGUUUUCCAUGAUAUCCAGAGCAUAUGUCUAUGAAAUUGUUUCAAAUCAAUCUUCCCAAUUUCAAAGUUGAUUUGAAGAACGUACAGAAUAACAAAUUUUGCGCAAUUGUAAUCUGUAAAUUUUACUUUUUGACGUGACAACGUCUAAUAAAUCGAUUAACGCCGGCUGCACGCACGAAAAAGGGUCCCGUAACGCACAUUGUCCCGUUACGCUGUGUCCCGUUACGCUCAUUGUACGCUUGCGCCGCAUCAUCUCUCUUCCACUUGAUUGGAACAACCAUCGAUUUGACUUUUUCGAGGCACAUUAAACUUGAAACACUCCCAUUCGUUUCCUACUUUUCCUAUCAUCGUACUAUCCUUAACAGAAUAACACAUUGGAAGAAGUUAAAUAGCAAACAUGUAUAAAAGUUAUAGUUAAAAUAAUCUCUACGUAUUUGAAUUAAUGAGUGCAAAUAAAAGUAAAUUUAUCAAUUAAAUUGUAGAUUUCAUUUCACUCAUUCUUUGUAUCCAUACAAAAUAGUGAUAAUUCAAUAAAAAUGAUUCAAUUUUAUUCAUAAAAGUAUGCAAUCAUCAAUGUUUUGUUAUGUCGUUGUCACGUUAAACUAUCGUCCGUAAACCGACUUUACACACAACUAUUUUUUUUGCUUACUUUUUGAUUGCUAUAAGUGAUAGAUCCGAUUUCACCGCUGUGAUGCAUAGUUACUUGUGCUAAUGUUCUGUCACAAACUUUGAUUUGUUUUGAUUGGUUUGACGUCCUACAUCUAUGCACAGAAGCGUAAGGAGACGGCACCUCCAAGAUUAUAGUGGGUCCGAACCAUGUGGUGCCGACUCGGUGCUCGUACAUUUGUUAUCCUACUGCGCUGUCGUAGUUGUGGUGUCCAGGAUAUCUCUUUUGUCAUAGUGUUCGCUUGCGCGUCUGUCUUUAGUCGUAAUGUCAGUGCUUCCAUGCACUACACGAAUUUUCCGUAAUUAUUAGUAGUUUGGACGUCCAGUUACUGAACUAUAUUUAUUAAAUCAACAGAGACAAAUUAACACUAUUGUGUUUAUUAUGAUAAGUUAAACAUUUAAAAAAACUCAUGAUAAAAAUAUUCCUAAAACUUGUUUUAGGUUUUACAAAACAUUUUUUUUCUGAACAUGUGUUAUUUUAAAUUUAUUUAACUGAAUAUAUCAGUUUGCAAAUGUAUAGGUGCGAGUGUUAAUUUUUUUCUGUACAGUCUAGUAUUUGCCGUAAAAUUAAUAGCGUUUGUUUUGCUCUUGUUUUAUUGUAUGCAAAAUAUAAUUACUGACGGGUGUGCCUGGAAGUUGGCAGCGCUGUAGUUUUGUUCACUUUAGCUGUUUACUAUCGCCGUUGGGAUCGUCUGUCUGUCCAAGGUCUUUUUUAAUCUCUAUUUACCGUUCUUUGUUGUCUCGUCGUUGUAUCCGCCUGUGUUUUAAUAUUUUUGCUAGUUAAUUUUACGGAAUUUUCUGUGCUGUCUAUGCUUUUAACUUUUGACAUCUGCUGACUUUGGCUUUGUGUUGUGCGUGUUGGCACACUCAACUUUCUUGUUUUUUAUUGAGGUUUCAUAAGACAUGCAGUACAUUGCACACAAUGUCGUAUGUCCAAAGAAACAUUUAAUGUCAAUCUGCUCCAUUGCAAGAACCAUUCAAAGAACGUAUCUUACAUGUGAGUCUUACCGCGGGUGCUGGGAUGGAACGAGACCCUCGCAAUGUGAGAGUGAUGCACCAGCGAUCACGACCACCUUUUUGACAUGAAUCUCGGGUUGGAUGUCACUUCGGCUGAGGAUUCGACACCGCUUUAAACUCGUAAACUAUGAAAGCUACAGAGUUGAAGUAAAUAGGGCCUAUAUGUUAUCAGAGAAAACUUUGCUCGUGGUCGUUACGUGUGACUCACCCGGUUAACAUUUGCACUGAUGACAUAAAUAACUAUGGUGGGGAGCGUUGAAUUGAAGUCAGUGAGAGUUGUAACUCCGAAAGUAAUAGACCGAUUGGCGCGAUUUAAACAUUAAUGUUCUCGUUUGUGAGCAAUGAGUGGUGCUAGUUGAGCGGAAUAACUAUAAAGUUACUAACUUUAGUUUUGGAGUCAUUAAUUGCAAAAUGCCUACGUGAAAACGGUUAUGUCGGAGAAAAGAAAGAAAACAAGCGAAAUCGCCGUAACAGAAGCAAUAAAAAGUGCAGAGAAGUGUCGUAGGUAUCAAGUGAGGCAGAAAGUAGCCGGGAGAAAUGAGGCAGUGGGGUAAAACAAGCCCUCGAACGAGGCGCGAAAUUUGCACUCGAGCGAGCCCCAACCGUCCACCUCGCGAGAAGCGAAGGAGAAUGUAGAUUAUUAUUUGGUAACGGACGUGGAUAUGCUCUCUGAUGAUUCUAAUGUUUAUAUGGAGUCAGUUGAGCCAGUGGCUGUGAACGAUGGGCCGAGUUUGUCGCGGUUUGGCGUCGCAAUUUUUCUGGCGUGGCCACCCGACCGUCAAGUAAGACUUUAAUCGAAUUCACGUCAAAAAAUAAAGCAAUACCAAUUUUUUAAAAGUAUUUUAUUUAUUUCAUAUACAACAUUACCGUUCGGUGCGAUUUAAAUUCAUGAAACCAACCCCUGGCGUCUGUAUGUUGACCAACAGGUUUUUUUUUUUUUAAUGAUGUGUGGCAUCUGGCAAGCUUGACAGUCACCAGUGUGCCUACCAUCUCCCCCCCCCCCCCCCAAUUUUGUAUAUUUUUCCUAUGUCUUCACGAGUCGUUUUGAAAUUGUAGUUGUUGUAAAUGUUUGUGUAUGGGUAAGCUUCAAGUAGACGAUUAGGACAAUGCAAAUUAAUGCAUGUCUUACCCGAAAAUCGAACCCGAGCCCCCGCAGCUCAGCCUGGUGCAGUGCCGACUGCGCCACAGAGGCCGACACCAGGGGCCUCUGUCAGAGAAUAAAGCCCCAUUAUAUCAGAGAGGAAACUAAAGGGCGCAGGGGUUUGAUGUAGAUACUUAAAUGACAACACACGAUACAAAUUGUCCCGAUGUUCAAUGGAUACAUUAUUUUGUUGAUUGCCGCUUGCAAUUUAAUGAGUUUGUAUCUUAAGUUAUUAUGCCUCUGUAAAUUCGUGUUUUUGCUCAUGAGUUUAAAUGAACUAAUAUAAUGAUGAAUAAUUGUUUAUAAAUAGUUUGAUCAUUUAACAAUUCAUAUAUCAUGGAAUAGUAUGGUAUACAGUUUUGAAUUAAAAGUUCGUAUGUGCCUUUUGACCUCAAAUUGUUAAUUUUUAGGAUAUUAUUCAUAAAGCAAUCAAAGCUUUUAUUACACACACACACACUCAUAUAUAUAUAUAUAUAUAUAUAUAUAUAUAUACACACACACACACACUGCAAGAAUGAAUUAUCUCAGUUAUUGCUAGGAUUUACAUUAAAAUUGACUUUUAAGGUUCUCAAAACCAUUCAAUAACACUCAUUGAAGUGAUUGAUACAUUGGUAAACUAUCAACGGUUGGUUGGUUAUUGACUCAGUUUAACCAACCAGCGAAAACACAAAAAAAAAUACAUGCAAAAUAAUUUGGAAAAUACCCCCUUAAGGGCCCCUCUUAUACCUGGGGACACACAAGGUGUGCAGAGCAUCAGAAGAAAAAAUACACGCGAAUUGAAAGUUGCUAGAGAUAUCCGAAUGGCGUCUGUUUAAGAACGACAUAUAACAAUACGCUAAGGGCGGAUGAGUAGUUCUGUAUCCCAAUUUCGUUGUUAAACUGCAUUUGUAGAAGAGUGUGUGUUAACAGAAAAAAAAAUUAGGCAUAUGAAAUCCUGCCUAGAUUCUUGAAAACACUCAAGGGACUUAAAGUACAUCUGUAUCUUCAUUUCUUAUUUACCGCUCAAAUCUCAUAUUUGCCUUAUGUACAACGAGAAGACAGCGUGUCAAUCUACAGCUUUGCGCCUAGAGGCGAUACAACGCUAGACGCACCCGCCUCACUGACACAGACACACCCCUGGCUAGGCUCGCCGCUGAACACGUUUAGUGUUGCGCGCGGAGCAGUGUGUGCACGCCGCGACCUUGACCCCACGACCUCUGUAUCGCUGGCCGCUGGCCAACAUCCGAGUUGUUCGAACGAUACGUCUGCCGGCGCAGAUAACGAGACUUCGACGCGGUGGAAGUUACUGGCCUUCCAGCGAGCGAGUUGGGUUUUGCAUUUAUUAGAUACGGGGAAAAGAUACUAAGAAAGUCAGAAAUUGAUAUGACUGAUCUUGGAGUAGCAGUAAGUACUUUCCAAGAGUGUCAGUAUUCGCACGCAUGUUUCAAAAUCGCGAUGGUGCUCGAUUAUUGUACGAUAGGAUAGCAGCGUGCCCUGAUGUGGCUGAGACAGCAACCCGAAGUAUUAUAUGCAGCUGGUAUUGGGGCACAGAUAAAACGAUGGGGAUGAGUGCACAUGUAUUGGCGAGAAUUAUGUUGAGAAAUAAAAUUCAUUUUGAAGUAAUCAUCACCGAAAGUGAUUUUUUUUCUUUCCAUUUUUGUGACUUGCUUAUUUUAAUGAGCGCCGUUGCUAUGGAUCCAGUUUCAACUACUUUCCCGUGCUGCUUUGGCGAUAAUAUGAAGCAUUUUCGGAGCUAUGUCCAUUGACUUCUCUGGUUCCUCUACGUGUACCCACAGUUCUGACGCGUAUGUAAGAAAUCAAAAUGUACUGUACAUUUUUUUUCAUCGAGGUUUAACGGCUCGUCGACAGAGGACUUCGGAGAUAAAGACUCACGACUUAGACCAAGGAUGCUGGGAAAGGAACCGGUCUUGGCCCGAGGUGAGAUACCAUCCUAGCAUCAGUCUGAUGAGACUUCGGGACGCCACGAGGACAGGAGUCAGGAUCGUCCCAGCAUUGCGCCACUGUACGCGAGGUGAUACUUUGUCUGUGAUUGGCCUGUCCUCUCGUCUGAGGCGAGGUCGUCACAGAAUGCAGAACUACACGAACCCAGGAAUCGGUAGAAGAAACAAGCCGUACAGCCUUUGGUGUGGAGCCACCAUGAAAUCCGACACGGGAAACACACAUCAGGAUGGCCGGACCUGGAACUGGAACUCGGGGCUUCCGUAAUACAAGUUCAGUGUGUCACCACUACGCCACACGUUCUCUGUGUUCGCAGUCGUCAUGCCGGCACUUGGCCAGCCAAACCCCGAGAAAGUUAGUAUCUAUCAACUGUUCUCGCUUGGCGAAGUUCACGGGUCCUGUAAUAAUUACAUGGGUGGAAAUUUUUUUAAAAAGAAUCGUUAAUUUACAUGGCAACCGUGUAUUUUUACAAUACGUAAUUUUUUUAGAAUACGAAAGCUGCAUUUGGUUUAAAAUUACACGAUGUAGUAAUAAGUUUGCACAAGAAAUACAAGAAAUUAGUAAAAAUACACACACUUCUUGUUUUUCCGAAUCACACGACAAAAGUGUAAAAAUACACUAAAACCGAAUGUGUAAUUUUACAAAACCUUUUACAGUGUACUAGAUUUAUGAGCACCGAGUUGGUAAGACUUCUCAUGGUUUUUCGGAGCUCUCUUUUAUCUAGAAGGCCCCGUUCUUUAAACAUCGGUGCAUGUCCUUGCGAGAUGAACGUUCUCUUGACAAGUGGUUAAAGCAAAAAAAUCUUAUUAUACUGUGUAGUAAAAUGCAGUAUAUGUCGAUGCACGUGAUAUUGAUCAAAUAUAGUUUGUCAGCAUUUUAUAUAAUAGAGUCUACUACACAACAUUUCAAUAGCAGGUUUUGAUUUUACUUGCUAAUAGCUAAGAAAAUUGCAAAUAAAGGUGUACUUAAGGAUCGGUCUCACACAAAAUGUUUUUUUAUUCUCGUCAUUACUAUUAUUUAAGGGCUAUAAUUUUAAUACGAUACGUCCGUUAAAUUUGUUGUUCUGUAACGAAAAUAUUCAACAGACACUUACGUAAUGUACUAUAAUGGGUGUAAAACGACGCGCAAGUGAUAAUUACAAACGAUCAACGCCAGUUUUUACACACAUAUAAUACAUUUAGUCAUUAUCUGGUGGAAAAAUUUGUGAGAGAACAACAAAAAUAAGGAAAGUGUACUAAAAUUUCGGUUCUAGAUUUAAUAAUAAGUAGUAAUUAUGAGAAAAAGAAGAAAAUCAACAUUGCUAUAAGUGGCUAUAAAGAGGACCUUUUUCCGAAGGCUUAGUCCGCUAACUUUUAUGCAUCUCUUUGAGACUGAUCUUACACUAUCUGCCUUGUAUUAUUCCUACACUCGUCUAUAAGACGACCAUUCUGGUUUUUAAUAGUUUAAUGUUCAAAGCUUAUUUUUUUAUUACAUUCCAGUUGUCGAGUGAUAGGUUUACGAGCGUAAACGGUGUCUCAGUGUUAAUAUGUCACAAGAAUAGCACCGGACGAUCUAAGAAUGCUUGUAUUAAAUUAUGUAAAUGGUUGAUUUGUCCUUGUAAGAAACACGUUUUGCCCACCAUAAUUAUAGGGCGUGGAACUAUUAUUAUAGGAACGUAAUAAUACCACGUAGUAAAUGGUUUCUGUUGCUUUUGUUGUUCUUUUUCUUUCUACUUGUAGACGGCUUGUCAUAAAAUGAGUUAAGAGAGAAACACAGGUAUAUGUACAUAGUAGAAAUAUAAUGUACGGAAAAUAUGUGGGAUUUAAUUUUUUCUUCGUGCCCAGUUAGUUAUAUUGCUAUUUACAGUAUUUUCAUACGAAAUAUGGUAUUUUGGUAAUGAUACGUGUACUUAUUGCAUGAGUUGGUUGUACGUAGUUUUCCUUCGUGAACUGAAAAUUAGAAGUUGCCAGCAGCCGACUGGAAUUAAGAUGAUUUAUGCAAAUAUUUAUUUGUAGGUAGUUUUUUUUACGUGUUUUUUAGCCGUCACACUCAUGGACGCGGGCCGCUAGGGCACAAAGCGUUGACCUGGCAGCGGUGCUCUUCCAGGCUGAGUCAAGGUACUCUCACUAUGGGGAGAACUCGGUGAGAGUAAACGUGUCACCUCGCUGAACAACGACCCAGAGAGGUCUCCAAGAUCGUAGUUCCCAUCAGAGCUUUAUUUUAGCGAGUUAAAGAUAUUUUAUCAAACAGAAAGCCUUACUGGUUUACCACCAAUGCACAAAUAUAAAUGUAUAAGAAUUAAGUGACCGAAGAAAAAAUGCAGAUACAAUUUACAAAUAUUAUGCCAUGUGGUUUUUUAAAUCAUGUUCAAACAACUAAAUUAACAGCAAAGCCUAACCUUAUUAAAAAAAUUGUGCUCGAGUCUUUCAGUACACUCCAGUGAUGUGUAAACUUCUAUCUAACCUCUGUAACGACCAAAUUCAUGUGUUGUCAUGCAAAUAAAAUUAUAAUACGAAACUGGGACACCAAAUUAAACGUAGAAUUCUUAGAAAUAACCCGAACGUGAUACAAUAAAAGUAUUUAUUAAACGACUGAAAUCAGUAUGUUAAUACUUCCUACAAACAAACCUUAUAGUUAAAAAAUUUCCCCGUGGCGAUAUUUCAGCCACGUCCCUUCAGGUUAACAAGCGCGCGUUCUACCACAAAACUAACGGGACAGUUUGAGUUUAGUAAGGAUACUGUGUAUUAUGAACGUGUAAUUAUAUGUUUGUAACGUAUUUCCAAAGGUGUGAAUAUUGUCUAAGAUUUGAACUAGAAACGACCUUCACCCAUCUGUUUAAUGGAUGAAAAAUAUUUUAUAUCAAAUUUAUUAUAUUAGAAAAUAUAUCUCGAGUGGGUUGUCUUAAAAAAUUCCUGGCCAGACCAUGAUUAAUUAAAAAUUGAAAAAUGUAUUUUUAUUAAAUAUUGCAUUGAUGAGUUUAACGAAUAAAUUUAAUACCAACCGAAAGUAUGAAGCCUAUAGAAUAUACAAACGUUGGGUUGUCUAUUUUUUUUCCUGGCGUAACUACUGUGUUGGCAGGUAUAAACAGGUAAAUCGAUAAUAGUUAUUUUCACCAAUCUGUUUAAUAAAUAAAUCUUAUAUCAAAAUGAGCGCUAUUUAAUUGCGAAUACAAUGAUAUAGGGUUGUCUGUAAAAAGUCUGGCCUGAAUGACGGUUGUCGAAUUUUGAAAGGUGAAAAUUUUAUGCGUGUGGAAACUUGUGACAAAGAUGUCUGAGCCAAAUAUCCCGUGCGAUAGAAGAGGACACUACAUUACAGCUGCGUGCGACGAGACCGCUGAAUGAAAGAGAGCGCGUAUGCUAUUUAUUCGUGCAACAGAGAAGGAUAACGAUACAUCUAUAUAUAUAAAAAUUUAGCUUCCGUAUGUAUUUGGCCGCAAAACUCGGAAAGUAGGGUAACAUGGUUUGAAUCGGGUCAGGGGCCGAAUCGGGUCAUUCUUGUUCUCGGCGUCAUUUCUCGUAAACGAAACGGAGAGAGGUCGCUGCUGCUAUCUAGUGUUGAAGAGCGUAACUAAAACGCUGCUGUGAAUGAGUAUGCAACGUUACCGUGCGUUCGCUCUUCCAUUUUCUGCAGUUUUGUAAAGGUAAGAAUUCACGAGUGUCUCUUUUUAACAGUUUUCUUAUUUUCGUGAGUUUUAUUUCACAGAAAAGUAAAACCAAUAUCAGUAUUUAAGCACAGCGGGUCAUGCAUGCAACAAAUACACAAAGUAACGAUUAAUUGUAUGUUUCCGUUUAGUUUUUAGCUUCAGUCAGUUUAGCCAACUUAACAUUUAGAAUUUUUCGCGUCACUAGGGUGAAUCGGGUCAGAGUUCAUAGGGCGAAAAGGGUCAUCUGUUUAAAAGGUUUUUAUUGAGCGAUUUACUUACGCGGUAUUUUUUUUUCUUUAACAGAUGGGCAAGUACAAGCGGAAAACGACGCAAACGUGGAGUGAGGAAAAUAUGAGAGAAGCAAUGGAAGCCGUAAAUAACAGGUACCUUAGUAAACGCGCAGCAGCUAAGACAUUUGGCGUGCCAUUUUCGUGUCUUCAGCGGCGUUAUGCUCGUGGUGUAAAAGUGCAGUUAAGAAAAAAAGGAGGACAAACAACUUUUACACACGAACAGGAAUUAGCAUUAAAAGACAGAAUUGUUCGACUCUCUAAAUGUGGUUUCGGUGUUACAAGAAAAGAUGUAAGAAAAGUCGCGUUUUCUUUUGCUCAAGCAAAUAACAUACCAAACAAAUUUUCAAAAAAAUGUGAAAUGGCAGGACCAGACUUUAUGACGGGAUUUCUAGAAAGGCACCCUGACAUUAGCCUGCGUAAACCAGAAGCUCUUUCUUUCUCUCGCUGUGAAGGUCUAAACAAAGUCGAAGUUAACGAAUAUUUUUAAUUGUUGGAAAAUGAGCUUAACAAAUUACAACUAAUGACAAGUCCGGCAGCAAUUUAUAAUUGCGAUGAGUCUGGUUUCCCCCUGAAUAAUAAACCAGCCAGCAAAAUUUUGGCACAGAAGGGUUCACCAACAGUUGUCAGCCAAACAUGUGUUGAAAGAGGCGAGAACGUUACUGUUGUGGCUUGUACCAAUGCAGUGGGGAAUUAUAUUCCCCCAUUUGUAAUUUUUAAAGGAAAGCGAUAUCAUAAGGAAUAUAAAGAUGGUUUCCCAAAUGGCACGGAAGUAAUCAUGACUGAAAGUGGUUGGAUUAAUGAGGAGGCUUUUGUGAAAUGGUUGCAUCAUUUUCAGAAAUUUAGGGUUGCUGGUCGAUGUUUGAUAGUUCUAGAUGGUCAUUCUUCUCACAAAUCCAUCCAAGCUUUGGAGUUCUGUGAAAAAAAUUUGAUCAGCAUCAUUUGUCUGCCCAGUCACACGACUCACAGACUCCAGCCUUUGGACAGGUCUUUUUUUAAACCUUUAAAAACAUUUUACAAUGAAACGUGCAACAAAUUUGUUCAGCAGCAUGGCGGGGAAAGGAAAAUAACCAAAUUUAACUUUGGAGGAAUUUUCAGGAUUGCAUGGUCACAGGCAGCCACGUCUAGAAUUGCUGAGAGUGGUUUCGCGUCUACAGGGAUUUAUCCUUUAAAUAAAGAUGCAGUUCAAAACCAUGAAUAUCUUCCAUCUUCUGCCUGCGAGCAAGUUUCAAUGCCUGAAGAAAUAGCUGUCAAAACCCAAACAGAAACUGUGCCUGCACAUGUACCUAGAUCUGAGGAUCUAGUUCAAGGUACUUCUGGAGCAGUCCUGGAACCCUUAAACAGUCCUGGUACUGUUUGCUUUCCUAGCCCUAGCAGACCUAAAACAAGUUUUCACGAUCUCUUGCUUACUCCAGUGAAAAAAGUGCAAAAAAGAAAACGAACAGCAAGAAAACAAACAGCUAAAUUACUUACUUCCCCAGACUUCAUUGUUGAAACAAAGUCUAGAAAGUUAGGUAAGAACAGAAAUGAGACUGUGGAACACAAUAAACCAGGCCAAAAUAAACAACAAUGGAAUAACACUUGCACUAAGAGAAAAAUUGGCAGGCGUAGUGACGAUGACUAUCAUCGCAGCAGCUGUAAAUCCGCAGAUGAAGAAAACGAUACUGCAUGCUGUUUCUGUAACCUAAAGUAUUCAGAUCCACGAUCCAUCGCCAAAGGAGACUGGAUACAGUGUCAAAAAGGCAAAGAAUGGUAUCACGAACUUUGUGUAGGAGCAGAAGGGAAAAAGUCAUUUGUUUGUGGCAGAUGUUUUACAUAAACUAACAAAGUUAAACAAGUAAGACUUUAUUUACUAUAACUUUUUAUAAACAUGUUACUCUUAAUAUAACCAGUAUUAAUUUACAAGUGUACUUUUAUUUGUAAAUUAGGUUGUUUAUCUGCA